CUAUUGGGGUAACCCUGAUUUGUUAUUUUAUUUUCUACUUCUCAAAUAUUCCUCCUAGAAUUGAGAACGGAAUCGAGCGCCACUCUUCUUUGUUAGAAGUUUUGCUGUUCACGCAAAUGGUUCGUCCAAAAUUAAUUUUGUCACGUAUCUCAAAUGAGAGAGAACGUAACCUAGCUUUUGACAGGAGAAAGAAGGAAUUACUGAAAAUGAUUUCUGAAUUUUCUGAAAUGUGUGGCGGGGAAGCUUGUUUGAUUAUCUAUGAUGGUGACAAUAUUGGCAAUGCUCCACCAGUGACAUGGCCCCAAGACCCUAAUGUGGUGCAGCAAUAUCUCAUUGAAAAGUAUGAGCAAGCUAAGGAAAAGAAUCAAACUCGUGUUAAGAUCUUUGAUCUUGAAGAAUUUUUUGAGACGAAGAAGCACUUGGUGGAAUCUAAGAUUUCCAAUGUGAGAAAGGACACCUUCAACACCAAUUGUCCAAUUUGGCAUCAAAGUCUCAAUGGUCUAGGACAAGAGCAGCUGAAGAAUUUAAUUGUUGUUUUGGAUACAAAGAUUGAAGCUUGUGAUCAAAGUAUUAAGAUGUUGAAGGAGGACAAGCUAAAAGCUGCACAAGCCAAUUUUCUUAUGAUGCAAUACUUAUCUCAAAAUCAAGCUAUCCAUGGUUAUAAUCAGCUAGCAAUAGCAUCUUCCCUGUUUGAGAAUGGUGAGGGUUCUUCUCAAUCUCAAAUGCUUCAAUUUGAUCCAAAUCCUAUGAAGAUGGCAAUGAAUAAUAAUGGGUUGGAGGAAGAUAUGACUAAUCAAUUUGAUUUCCCUAUGGAUUGUGCAAACCAAACCUUUGGCAUAUCACCAAAUCAAGUACUUGAUGUGCCAAUGUUGAUCAGUGAGAACAAUUGGGUUGUGGUUGGUACAAAUCAUGAAGCACUUGGGGUGCCUUUGAAUUGUGCAAGCCAAAUCAACACCUUUGGGGAUUCAACCAAUCAUCUUGAUGUGCCUGUUUUGAUGGAAGAGGAUAAUGGGAAUAUUGUGGAUGUUAGCUAUGAUCAACAUGAUGUGCAUGUGGAUUGCACAAAUCAAAUUGUUCACUAUGAAAAUUCAACAGAUGAUCAAUCUGACAUGCCAGUGUUGAUGGAAAAUAAUCAAGGUAUGAUGAAUAUUACUACUCAAGCUGAUUUUGUUUCUGUGGAUGGUACAAAUUCAACUAAUCAACUUGAUGAGACAAUAUAUUGGAGUACUUUAAUUGACGAGGCUGUGGAUGGGGCUGGUCUAAGUGAUGAGGAUUGGGCAAAUUUUUUUGAUGAUGAUGAGUAUAUAACUGAUGAAUUUUGUUUGCCAGAGAUAGGGACUAACCACAUUAGCAGUUCUACCACAUCCAUGAAUGGAGCUUCUAGUUCUAGUUAUUGUACAGAUUUUCAUGUGUUAGAAAAUCCUGGAUCUUCUUCACUUUGCAAUUAUGAUGGAGAUGCACAACCACGGCAAUGCUUCAACUUGGUCCCUGCAUUGCAAAAUAUUGCUUCUCAAACUGAAAAUUUUCAUCAAGGAGCAGACUUGCAUUCCUUGCCACCAUAUAUAUGCAGGGACGGAACUAGGUACUUGGAAAAUGGGGCAGUGACAUCGCGGAAGAGGAAAAUCAUGUUCCGAUAGAAUAAUAUUCAAAUAUUUAUUUGACUAUCUAAAUAGAUAUUGUUGAUUUUGCUUAAUAUGUUAACUUUUUUUUUUGUCCCCUUGCCUAUUUUUUAUGAAAAAGAGAAUGUCUUUUUUAUUUUUGGAAGGUGCCCACUAGGGUGGGGAAUUAACAUUUUGGUCCACCGGUGCACCAGAGGGAUAAUUUAGACUUUUCUCCAACCUUUCCUUCUCCCUUCCACUUUACCCUGGUACCCUCCCUCAACAAUCCCAGGUUUCUCUACCACCAAGCAAGGGAUACGAUGAAGAUUGUGUUUCAGAUCUAGGUUUUUAGGUGUCGGAGAUGUCAUCGGCGAUUAGAUAUGCCGCGGUGGUUGCUAGUGUUUGCAGAUCUGGGAUUUUUCCAUUGCUGUUCAUGAAUGUUGACUUCUCGGUUUCUAACUCAUGGGCCUUACAAAUAUGUAUUUGCUCCAGAAUGAUUUUUUGAUUUUCUUUCUCACCUGGUUAAUUGUUGAUCAUCUUGUGAAGAAGAGUGAUUGAGCUUGCAAAUCUGGGAUCUUUCCAUUGAUUUGAGAUUUAUUUUAUUUUCUGCAGUGGCAACCCAAACCCUCUUUUUCCUACAUCCGCUCAACCACCACAGUUGGUGUAGCAUUCAAUCCAUUGACUCUUCCAUCGUUUUUCAAUCUCAUUUCUCUGAAAUUCCUGAUUUCAAUUGAAUGGCUUCUUCUUCUUCUCUAGCCACCGAUUCCGUUUUCUCCGCCUUCCCUCCCCUCAGUCCCACUCCUCCGUCUACCUCCGCCCUCGCUUCCCCAAGAAACUCCGUCAGUUCUCUCCCCCUCCCUCUGUUAAUCGCUUGUUUUUCUUUUAAACUAUUGCUUUGCAUUAUCUUUAUGUGUUCUCUGAUUAUUACUAUUAUGGA